CCCUUGACCGCAACUCGUCCUUCCUGCUUCUCUCGACAUUCAUCCUCUGCCUGGUUGCUUGGGGGCAUCUGCUCUUCCCUCGUCUACCUCUCUCUUCUCGUCCUGCUCUAUUCUCAGUCCUCGAGAUUCAGGUCGGCCUUGGGCCCUUUCUCUUCCCGUGAAGAAUUGCAGCACUCUCUCUCGCUGAGGGAGCAGGGAGAGUAAGAGAGAUACGAGUCAGAGUGGAAAGACAGGACACGUUCGGCAGUGGAAAAGAAAAUUAGAAAAUUUUUGGAACUCCGACGUUGCUCGCUCGCCGCAGAGUAGCUCAAUCUGAGUUGAGGAUUCGUCAUUCAUUCUCUGAGCCUUAAAGAAAAUUUAUUGAGUUUGCAGGAAUCGAACAAAAGAGAGACAGGAAAAAAUGGCCGAGAAGGGAACAGGAAAGGAUGCGGAGCAAUUUGUCCACAAAGACUACCACGACCCGCCUCCUUCCCCUCUCAUUGAUGCUUCAGAGUUCGGAAGAUGGUCAUUCUACCGUGCCAUCAUUGCUGAGUUCGUGGCCACGCUGCUCUUCCUUUACAUUACAGUAGCUACCGUCAUCGGAACCUCGCGCUCCACUUCAGCCGAGGCACCAUGCGGUGGUGUGGGAAUUCUCGGUAUUGCAUGGGCCUUUGGAGGCAUGAUCUUCGUCCUUGUUUACUGCACCGCUGGUAUCUCAGGAGGACACAUCAACCCAGCAGUGACCUUCGGCCUCUUCCUCGCUCGCAAGGUCACUCUUCCACGAGCCGUAUUGUACAUGAUCGCUCAAUGUUUGGGAGCAAUCUGCGGCUGUGGUCUCGUCAAGGCAUGGCAGUCCAGCCUCUACAACAGGUAUGGAGGAGGUGCGAACUCCGUCGCUAGUGGAUACAGCAAGGGUACUGGACUCGGAGCCGAAAUCAUUGGAACAUUCGUUCUCGUCUACACCGUCUUCUCUGCCACCGACCCCAAGCGUAAUGCUCGUGACUCCCACGUCCCGGUCUUGGCACCUCUUCCCAUCGGAUUCGCCGUCUUCAUGGUCCAUUUGGCCACCAUCCCCAUCACCGGAACUGGAAUCAACCCGGCCCGAAGCUUUGGAGCAGCUGUGAUCUUCAACGCCGAGAAGUCCUGGGAUGACCACUGGAUCUUCUGGGUCGGACCCUUCAUCGGAGCAGCUCUGGCCGCAGCGUACCACCAGUACGUGCUGAGAGCCGGACCCUUCAAGGCCCUGGGAUCAUUCCGCAGCCAAGCACACGUAUAAGUCGACAGAGUCGUAAUCAGAGUGAUAUGAAGCUCACCACGUGUACUAUGGUUGUGAAUUUGUGCACUACUAGUCAGUCAAGUCUUCGAUCUUCAAUGUGGUUUUUGGGACGCCCUUGCGAAGCAUUAUUGUGUCCGAGCAUUCGUUUCAGACGGCAAGGGGAGAGGGUCCGGUCCGACGCUUCGAGCGCAAUAACUGAGCAAACUGUCGUCAUCAUCAGCAGCAGCAUCAGCAUCAUCAUGUAUGUGUAGCAGGAUUUGUGUGUCAAUAUGCUUUGUCCAAACCCAAUUGUGUACAAACGCGGUCGUCCUUUUAUAAGAUCUCUGUUUUGUACUUACACCUUCGACAUCCUCCACAUGUGGAGAGUGGUGUGUGUGAAAGGCCAAAUCAUUCAAAAUGCUGGCAUUUAUCUCUCUAGGCUAGAACGUUCUUUGUCAAACUAUAUGUCAGACCACUCGGAGGUCACACAUUCUCCUCCUACAUUUACCCUUGGGGUGAGUUUGUCAUUGAGUCCGCACUCUGAUCCAUCCAUGGCGCAACCGAUCGCUGUAUAGAUUAAGAUUCGAAUAAAAGUCAGUGUUUUUUUGUGUAAGGCUUCUCUACAAUUGUGAGGUGUCUCAGAUUUUUUAUAAAAGUUCUCUUUGUUCGUUCAA